AUGACCAAUGCGAAAAGCAGCGUGAAGAAGGGCCCACGGAGGGAGCAGGUCGCCAACGCCUGCAUGGGCUGUCGUUCCUCCAAGGUCAAGGUCAGUCUGCGAUCUGUCUGGUUCUGAUGCCCGUCUUCGGCUAAUCCAGGUGCCGCGUCAGUGUAGCGGAAAGCACCCUCGCUGCUCCAGAUGCCUUGCCAAAGGUCUCCCAUGUCAGUACGACGUUUCGGAAGAGGGCGUGACGAGAAGACAGCACAUGUUACAGGCAUGGGAGGGCCAGAAGAGAGAUUUGGACUGCGUGCAGUCCGUGAUGCACGUUCUGAGGCAUGGCACCGAUAGCGAAGCCGCUGCGACUCUGGCACGGCUACGAGUGGGACAUUCGGUGGAGCAAGAGUCUGAUCGCAUCUCGAAGCGGCCGGGCCAAGCAGAGCUCUCGGAUCCAGACGCGUCGAGUCCCCCGCCAAACGACAGUUUCACCCCGGAGACUGUUGGUGAUGGAGACUUUAGGGGCGACUUGAAGGGGGACUACGAUACCGCCGGCGUCCCCUCUCCAAUGCUGACUUCACACGGAGGCUCCCAUGCAAGCGCUCCUGCCAGCCUCUACGCCGAGUCGCAGAUCAGCAGCUUUGACACACCGAUGACCGAUCUGACAUCCUGCUCCUACUCGCAGCCGACAAGUGCUACCUCCGAGCAGCAGCAUACCUACGCGACCUGUUCGCUCGUCGAUCUACACGACCCGACUACCCUCUUCCCCUUCGAUCCAAUCAUACCAAAUACCCAAACAUGGCACGCGUAA